CUCGGGCGGGCGGAGCGACCCCGGCCCCCACUCCCCGCCCCGACCAUGGUAGUGUUCAAUGGCCUUCUUAAGAUCAAAAUCUGCGAGGCCGUGAGCUUGAAGCCCACAGCCUGGUCGCUGCGCCAUGCAGUGGGACUCCGGCCGCAGACUUUCCUUCUGGACCCUUACAUUGCCCUCAACGUGGACGACUCGCGCAUCGGCCAGACGGCCACGAAGCAGAAGACCAACAGCCCGGCCUGGCACGACGAGUUCGUCACCGACGUGUGCAACGGGCGCAAGAUCGAGCUGGCCGUCUUCCACGACGCCCCCAUCGGCUACGACGACUUCGUGGCCAACUGCACCAUCCAGUUCGAGGAGCUGCUGCAGAACGGGAGCCGCCACUUCGAGGACUGGAUUGAUCUGGAGCCAGAAGGCAGAGUGUAUGUGAUCAUCGAUCUGUCAGGGUCGUCGGGUGAAGCCCCCAAAGACAAUGAAGAGCGUGUGUUCAGGGAGCGCAUGCGGCCCAGGAAGCGGCAGGGGGCCGUCAGGCGCAGGGUCCACCAGGUCAACGGCCACAAGUUCAUGGCCACCUACCUUCGGCAGCCCACCUACUGCUCGCACUGCAGAGAUUUCAUCUGGGGUGUCAUAGGAAAGCAGGGAUACCAAUGUCAAGUGUGCACUUGCGUGGUCCACAAGCGAUGCCAUGAGCUCAUAAUUACGAAGUGUGCUGGAUUAAAGAAACAGGAAACUCCCGACGAGGUGGGCUCCCAGCGGUUCAGCGUCAACAUGCCCCACAAGUUCAGUAUCCACAACUACAAGGUCCCCACCUUCUGUGACCACUGUGGGUCCCUGCUCUGGGGCCUCUUGCGGCAGGGUCUGCAGUGCAAAGUCUGCAAGAUGAACGUUCACCGCCGCUGCGAGACCAACGUGGCCCCCAACUGCGGCGUGGACGCCAGAGGAAUCGCCAAGGUGCUGGCUGACCUGGGCGUCACUCCCGACAAAAUCACCAACAGCGGCCAGAGGAGGAAAAAGAAGCUGCCCAUGCCUUUUCCCUGGUGCCUCUCAGAAGAGCCUUCUCCCUUGAAUGGGAAGCUCCUCGCCGGUGCGGAGUCCCCUCAGCCUGCUUCUGGAAGCUCACCUUCUGAGGAAGAUCGAUCCAAGUCAGCACCCACCUCCCCUUGUGACCAGGAAUUAAAAGAACUUGAAAACAACAUCCGGAAGGCCUUGUCAUUUGACAACCGAGGGGAGGAGCACAGGGCGGCGGCAUCCACGGACGGCCAGCUGGCGAGCCCCGGCGAGAAUGGUGAAGUCCGGCAAGGCCAGGCCAAGCGCUUGGGCCUGGACGAGUUCAACUUCAUCAAAGUGUUGGGCAAAGGCAGCUUUGGCAAGGUCAUGUUGGCGGAGCUCAAAGGCAAAGACGAAGUCUAUGCUGUGAAAGUUUUGAAGAAGGACGUCAUCCUCCAGGACGAUGACGUUGACUGCACCAUGACAGAGAAGCGGAUCUUGGCUCUGGCGCGGAAACACCCGUAUCUAACCCAACUCUAUUGCUGCUUCCAAACCAAGGACCGCCUCUUUUUCGUCAUGGAGUAUGUGAAUGGUGGAGACCUCAUGUUCCAGAUUCAGCGCUCCCGAAAAUUCGACGAGCCCCGUUCCCGGUUCUACGCUGCAGAGGUCACGUCCGCCCUCAUGUUCCUCCACCAACACGGAGUCAUCUACAGGUAGCUCUUCUUUCCUCCUCUCUUUCCUGAAAGUGAAAAAAAAAUAAAGAAUCCUCCAGACUGGCUCCUGCCCCACUGGCCUCUUAGUCACCUGCUUUAGAUGAGUUGUUUUAAUUUGCUUACAGGGGCCUUUGGGGCGGGGGCAGGCUGUUUAUCACUGUGAAUGUUAAUAUUUGAAUAGCCCCAGGAGACCCACUGCUUGUGCCAGUUUUGAUGGAAGGCCCAAGAACGAUUUUAAAGGCCUGGAGCCCAACGACCUUGGGGUGACCUUCAUUUCUUUCUCUCCCCACCCUCUUCCUUCAACCUCGGGGCAUUCUCUACUUUUUCCUCCUGUGCCAUGAACUUCCUCCCCUUCCCAGCCCCUCCGCUUCCUGAGUUUGUUUGGCUUACUGUCUCCAGCAGAUAGAAUCGGGGA